UUCUCUCUUGAAAUAUGUUGGGUCAAGUUUCUCCUUUCAAUGAUUCUUCUGUAUAAUAUUUUGUCGUCGUCCGUUCUUCAUUCGCCUUUUUCGUAAGACAAUAGUUCGUAGAGAUCGUCAUCUGGUGAAAGUACCAUUUCCUUUUCUGUGGUACGAUUUGCACGAUUGUAUUUACAUACAUGCUUGCUCACUUCCGAAAGCAUAUCCGAUAGAGAAAGUCAUUCGAUAUUUGUAAACAUCAAACAAAGUAAGUUCACCUUAUGUAAUGAACGUGUGCUCUGCUUUAAUUUUCUUGAUUAGUGAAAUGGAUUUUGAAUCUAGGUUCAAUAUGACUGCUGGAACUACCACAGAAAAGUCAACUAGCAAUCCUUUGGAACAGUUUGUAUUGUUAGCAAAAACUGCCAAAGGAGCAGCUGCCAUAGAGCUUAUCAAGCAAGCGGUAGAGACACCAGGAGUACAUGUAUUUGGAGAGUUAUUAGAUAUGCCUAAUAUCAAAGAAUUAGAGAAUGGACCUUAUGUUCAGUAUUGGAAUACUCUGAAUUUGUUUGCCUAUGGGACUUAUAAAGAAUAUUUAGAGAAUAAAGAUAAGGUUUUGGAAUUGACUACCACUCAAAAGAAAAAGCUCCAACAUCUGACCAUUGUAACAUUAGCCACAAAGUCCAGAUGCAUACCAUAUUCUCUAUUAUUGGAGGAAUUAGAUAUAAAAAAUGUUAGAGAUUUAGAGGACUUAAUAAUAGAAGCGAUCUAUGCAGACAUAAUACAUGGUAAAUUAGACCAAAAAAAUUCACAGUUAGAAGUGGAUUACGCUGGUUUAGGACGUGAUGUUAGGCCUGACGAUACAGGUGUUGUGGCUGAGACAUUAGCUGCUUGGGGUCAGGCUUGUGAUACAGUGUUAGCAUGUAUCGAGGAACAAGUCACAAGAGCUAACGUAGAAAAACAAAAGGCUACUUAUCACAAAGAAAGGAUACAGAGAGAUAUUGCUAACAUAAAGAAGUCACUUGCUGCACAAGCUGGAGGUGGUGGUGUGCAGGAAGCUGACAUGUCUGGAGGCAGUACUGGAUCUGCAGGAAGUGAAUCAUGCAGAGAAGCAUUGUCAACUCCACCGGAUGCAAAGAAGAAGCAACAAAAGAUCAAAGGUAUUAAAGGCAGUGGAUUGUAGUACGUUACAUGUAAUCUGCAUUAAAACCCUUGCAAGCCUAUGUAAAACUGCGAUAAACAAUGAUGGUAAAGCAAUUAAGAAGCACCAUUGUGAACAAAGGGAAAAGUUCAUUGUCAUAUUUUGGUAUACCAUACAGAUACUAGAUGGAUUGAAUUUUCAUUAAUUUUAAAAGAGAAUCUUGUAAAUAUAUGUAAUGAAAUAUGACACUAUGAGUCAUUGUUAUGUUUGUUUAAUGAUAUUUAUAUGAAGAUUUUGUUACAUUAAAGUUGCAAAUUUUUUCCGAAUUGUCGUUUAUAUUAUGUGUUAGAGGAAACUGAAAGAAAGUGGGAGAGGGUAAUAUAUAAACGAAUUUAUUAAUAUUCGUUCUAUCUAAAGUAAUAACUUGAGUUAACAGAUGCGAGGAUAAGGUAGCUUAAAUAUUUGGGACGGAACGAAGGAAAUCUAUAAAUUUAUUUCUACGUUGUACCUGGCUUUAGGUUUCGAAUCGGUAUUAUUAAUAAAUUUUAUAUUUUAUCAUUGACAUUCUUGCAAAACUAAAUAUAUUUUGAUUUAGCGACUUUGUGUUAGAAAAGUAAUUCAGUCAUUAUUAUUAAACAGUAUAAGAAUUCUUCAUCGUAAAAUCGCAAAUUCUCUAUUUUACUGCACGCUAGAUUAGCUGUGGCUAAGAAAUUAAAAUUAUUGUCAAAGAGAUUUACCGAGCAUUAUUGAGUAAAUCGUUGUAAACACGUACUUGCAAUUAAAUUUAAUAUCGAAUUAGUAAUCUAUUGUCAGCGAUUCGAAGCAGACAAAUGUAAAUCGCGAACGAAACCAUGUCACAUGUCACAUGAUACAUGGAAAAACACGAUUGUGAUCGUCCUCACAUCGAUACCUUAAAAAAUGAGAGAAAAUGACGAACAUUCUCUUAUAUGAAAGAAAAACAAAGGUACUUUUAUAACGAAUAAGCUUUUAAAUUUUUGUAAAACGUAUAGCAUGUACGAGAGUUUCUUUUAGUCAGGCCAAAGAUUUUAUAUUUUGCGUUUUAAGGUGUGAAUGUUAACGAAACAGGGAUUUGACAAAUUUUAUAGGCAAGUCUGAUAGCUGUUGCAAUGAAUCUGCAUAUUUGUUAUUGUAUCCGUGCCUACACAGAAUAUUGUCAUCAUUGGAUGACGUUAGAGUUCAGCGUGGUGAAUUGCUUAAAUGUGUCUCAUACAGUAUUAAUCGUUUUCAUCGUCUCUGUUAACAUUCGUAUUGUCUUUUUUUUUUCUUCCCUACAAAGACGAUAUAUAACGUAGCCGUCACGAGAGGUGAUGAAGUGUAACUAGUCGGAUCGAUCAUUGUUAUUAAAAAAAGUAAGAGAAAAGGGAAGGUUGUGUGUUUAGGAGGAUGUAAACGGUAUACGAACGACAUGUUGCUUAGUGAACAAGAAAUGUCAGUCGAAUUACAAAACGUUGUAAUUGCUAAUGGAAUAAAAAGAUAAUUUAUUUUA